AGGCCUAAAGCUAUCGCUAAGACAUCCGUGGUCAAUCCUCUGUCCUGUGGCGCUCACUCUGUUUUUCUAAGUUGUACCUACUUCUAAUUUAUUAGUUAAGUUAAGUAAAACGAAUUACAGGAGUUGUCUAAGUAAACAGCACUGGAAUAGUACUAAUACUACUUCCCGAGUUUCUGCAUUCUUUCGCAUACUUCUUGAUCUUGGUAAGUUCUUGGAAUAGAAAAUCAGUCAAAAUGGGCGGUCAUGUACGUACCUCUGCUCCGGUGGAUACCAAGCCAAAAAAGAUGAUUCUCGGCACCAACCGGAAAAAUAAUCCUAUCUGCGUCGAUCGUUACCUGAAGCCAGAGUCCACAGCGGGUAUUUUUCGAUUUUUUUGAUCGGGUUUUUGUUUUUAGCGUCAUGCUCUCUUUUAUCUUCGUAGUGUAGACAUAUCCAUCGGAAAUCCACCUGAUUCGCGUACUUAUCAGACUUUCAACACAUGAAAUGCAAUAACGAAAACCUUACCCUCCGUUUUCAACAUCACAGCUCAAGCGACGAUGUCCUUGCCGGAGGUUCUGCAUCCACGUCAGAAGAUCGUAGUGCGUACGCACGUGGAGCGCGUGUAUGUGCCGUAGUCAGGUGACUUUUCAAAAGGAGAAAAUUAUCUUAGGCGGUGUCGUCGUGCAGCAAGAGCAACUUCGAAUGAUUCUUUAUCAACGUGGCGAACAACAACAAAAAAGAGCAGUUCAACACUGGAGCAGAUGAGGUUGUAGUACUUCUACCCGGAAUUCAUAUUCACGACCGGGUUCCUCAAAAAUCGUGCGUGACGUACUUAUUUUCCUUUCUUGUGGUCCACGAACGCUUCGACGACAUCCGCAUAUCUAUCCGCUUUUGCGUCCACGAAACUCAUAAACUCUCAGAAACAGUACCAAAUGGAGAUUGUCGGCAUUCGGACUGAUGAAAUUGUUAGAACCCGACCUCCCUGAAGCUGACGGAAGCACGAACACAAUAGAAGUCGAGACUUGAGAACGAGGAAACGAAACACAGGGACGUUGGCCUUACUAGUGCGUUGUUGCUUGGUAGCAGCGACAUCACGAGUCAGGUAAGCGGGAGGUUUCACAGUCAUGAAAUAUAUAAUGUAAUGGAAGUCAGUAGAACUCGCGCUAUCCAGAAAACAAGAUACUACAAUUAACGAAAUUAUACGACGAUGAAAUAGCAGUUUUUGUACAUCCAUGAUUAAAGAUCUCCAUUAUUUUGGUGAGGUAUAUAAACUAAAACACUAACGAUAAAGCGCAUUCUUGCCUGGCUUUAUCCAUGUUGCGGGCAGACAAUGCGUUGAUCGCCCCGUGUGUUUAUAAUCCUGUUGUGAUGUUUAUGCUUUCUCGAGGGUCGUGACGGUGAGGCUUCAACUUCAUGGGAGCGCGGUCCUACAAGAGCUGCAGACAAGAAUGUUAUACUCAUGAAGAGGUGAACAUGAAGAAUGCAUGUC